UCUCUCUUCGACAAUAAAAUCUCACCCGUCAUUGAUUGUUUGCACUGGCCCGAGAUGCUAUACUUGCAGAACGACUCACUCGCUGGUUCUACUGCUCUGAGCUUAUCUUGAUCCAGCAUUGCUUGAUCAGCUCGCAGGAGGGAUUCCUAGCGAACAACAGUAACCUUACCGGGCCUAUUCCCUCUUCUGCUCUCUUGUUUCUCCAGCAUCUUGGUGAGAGUGAGACUUCAAUUUCCUGAACAUGUUUACGCCAUCACUUCAAAUCAAUUCCAUCUUCUCGUUAUUCGGCCUUACGGCGUGCCUGAUGAGAGAAAAUGAGAGCGACAGACUUGCCCUGCUAAAAUUCAAGUCCCUGAUAAGGGAGGACCCGCUGGGGUUGCUCGAUUCUUGGAAUGACACCGUUCACUUUUGUGAGUGGCAUGGGAUCACUUGCAACCCAAGCCAUGGGAGGGUCACUGUUCUCAAUCUGCAGUCUUUCAAGCUCUCUGGUUCUAUUUCACCGCAUAUUGGGAAUCUGAGCUUCCUAAUGGAGAUUAACCUUACAGCUAACAAGUUUACUGGUGAAAUCCCAGCUGGAAUAGGGCAUCUUUCGAGGCUGGAGACGUUAGCACUGAGCAGCAACUCAUUGCAGGGUGUGAUCCCUUCCAACUUAUGUAACUGCUCGGCUCUCACUGUCCUUCGGCUUGCUAAUAAUAAUCUUGCCGGAGAGAUCCCGUCAGAGUUGGGCACAUUAGCGAAGCUUGAGGUGCUCUCUAUACACAAAAACUACCUAACUGGUGAGAUCCCAUCUUCAAUCGGCAAUUUGUCAUCUCUUGAGACAAUAUCUGCAGCUAUAAAUCAUCUAUGCGGGAGCAUCCCCAGAUCCCUUGGUCAGCUCAAGAGCCUUCACAUACUUGCAGUUGGUGCAAACAACUUGUCCGGUACGCUUCCUCCAUCGAUUUUCAAUGUAUCCACUCUGACCGUCAUUGAUUUCACAGAAAACCAUAGCAUACAUGGAAGUCUUCCUAUUGACCUGUUCGAGACACUCCCAAAUCUACGCGACAUUGGUCUUGGCGCUAAUCUUAUUUCAGGACCAAUUCCAGUCUCGAUAUCAAAUGCAUCAAACUUGGCAAGAUUUUGGGCCUCGGAUAAUGAGCUCUAUGGGACAGUUCCUUCGUUAGCAAAGUUGUCUAAGCUCCGUGGUUUACUGAUCAGAAACAACAACUUAGGAACCGGGGAAGUCGAUGAUUUAGAUUUCCUCUCUUCCUUGGUCAAUGCUUCAGGACUGUUUAGAGUCGAAAUAGGUGGCAAUAACUUUAGAGGAAGAUUGCCUGUAAGUAUCAGCAACUUUUCAACUAGUCUUGGUCAUCUUGAUCUGGAAUACAAUGGCAUAUCCGGAAAUAUUCCCUCCGGCAUUGGUAAUCUUAUCAAUUUGCAAUACCUCAACCUGAGGAGCAACAAUAUUUCGGGUAUAAUCCCCUCAAGCAUUGGAAAGCUUCAAAAGCUCGUGAAACUGUACCUCAGUGGCAAUCAAUUGACUGGGGAACUCAUACCCUCCAUCGGAAACUUGACACGGAUAACCGAUUUGAUGCUCAGUAGCAACUCCUUGCAGGGGGGAAUUCCAUCAAGUCUAGGCUUGCUGCAAGCUGUAAAUAUUCUCUCUCUUUCUUCUAACAGCCUUAUUGGUUCCAUACCCACUGAAAUUUUCAGGCUUUCAUCAUUGUCGAUUUUCUUGGGCCUUUCACGAAAUAAUUUGGUAGGUUUCCUGCCCGCGGAGGUUGGAAAUUUGAAGAAUUUAGGAGCACUGGAUGUCUCAGAAAAUAUGUUAUCCGGUGAUAUUCCAGGCACUCUCGGAGCUUGUAUAAGCUUGGAACAGCUCCAUAUGGAGGGAAAUAAUUUCCAAGGGUCCAUUCCGUCAACUUUAAGUUCCUUGAAGAGUCUGCAGCGGUUGGAUCUUUCUCGGAACAAUCUCUCUGGAGAAAUUCCAAGAUUCUUGGAGGGCCUGGACAUGCUUCAGAUGCUGAAUCUGUCCUAUAAUAAUUUUGAGGGUGUGGUACCAAGCGAUGGGGUCUUCAACAAUGCAAGCGUGACUUUUGUCACAGGGAAUGACAAGCUGUGCGGGGGAUCAGCUCAGCUGCAUCUUCCGGGAUGCCCAUGCCAGAAGCGAAAACCGAAUCUGGCCCUAAAACUGGUUAUCUCAAUCAUUUCUGCCCUCUUUGGAGUGUCGCUUUUGGCUCUCUUUCUUUUCCUAUGCCUGUUUAAGAGGAAAAGGAGAGAACUUUCAUCAAUCAGCUCGGCUAAUCAGUCCCUAUUAGCUCUGUCAUAUCGUAGCCUCGUAAAAGCCACAGAUGGAUUCUUCGAAACAAAUUUGAUUGGUGUCGGGGCGUUUGGCUCUGUGUAUAGAGGAGUUAUUACUGAAGAAGAAGGCAAAACCAUUAUUGCAGUCAAGGUGCUUAACCUGUUGAAGAGAGAAGCAGAGAAGAGCUUCUUAGCCGAGUGUGAGGCUUUGAGAAACAUCAGACAUCGUAACCUCGUCAAGGUUCUUACAGCAUGUCCCAGCAUUGAUAGCAAAGGCAACGAUUUCAAGGCCCUCGUAUAUGAAUUCAUGCCGAAUGGAAGCCUAGAGGAUUGGAUACAUCCAAAUCUCGAAGAAGGAGGACGAGAGGGGGGACAUGGAACACUCAGGGACCUAAGUCUACUCCAGAGGAUGAACAUAGCAAUUGAUGUUGCUUGCGCUCUGGAGUAUCUCCAUCAUCACUGUGAAAACCCUGUUGUUCACUGUGAUUUGAAGCCGAGCAACAUCCUUCUUGAUGUGGAAAUGGUUGCUCAUGUGGGUGAUUUUGGCUUGGCCAGAUUCAUUCCACAAGCCAACAAUCCACGGUAUACUAGUCAGUUGAGUUCAAUGGGGAUCAGAGGCUCAACUGGUUAUGUUGCUCCAGAAUAUGGUAUGGGAAGUGAAACUUCUACAGUAGGCGAUGUUUACAGCUUCGGCAUUCUCCUGUUGGAGCUCUUCACUGGGAAAAGACCCAUCGAUGAGAUGUUCAAUGAAUGUCUGAACCUCCAUAACUUUGCAAAGAAAGCUUUAUCCGGUCAUCUUGAAGAGACCGUAGACCCAUGCUACUCGAGGAAGGUGAACAUAUUGAUUUGACAAUGAAGAAGAAUGACCAAGAUCCGACCUAUAACAGAAGAAGCAGAGUUAAGGAGUGUUUGGCUUCAGUGUUUCAUGUUGGAGUAGCUUGUUCAAAUGAACAACCGAGGGAACGACUGGGCAUUGCCGAUGCUGUGACUGAGCUAUGCUCAAUCAGAAAUAAACUCAUUGAAUAAGAGUUUCAAGGUCUUGGCACUGAUGUCGUCUCGUGAGUUGACUUCCUCAAGUGAUGCCCCAAGAUCAUCGACCAUGACAGCAAGUGAUAGUUCUCAGGGAGUUGAAGUACCAUGAGAAAUUUUGCUGUUCUUCUUUUUCUCCUUCGGGUAUGAGACAUAAUGUUGAAAGAUAAAUGUGACUGAGAUUUUCCUUCUUGCCCGGUGAAAA